AUGAGUUCACAUACAAAUGAUUUAAUUAUCGAUGACGAUGAUGAUGCAGAAGAUGAAGAUGAUCCAUUUUCAAUGGCUGUUAAAGAAUUAUCAGAAACAAAUAGACAAGCAGAUGAAAUUGCACGACAACGUUCAAUAGAAUCCCAACCUUCAAUACCUCCUAAACCACAAUCAUUUCCUAAUUUAUCUAUACCUCCAACAUCACCCAUAACAAUAACACGUCCAAUUAUUUUACAUGGUCUUCAUGCACCUGUACAAAAUCGACCUAUUAUUCGGUUGCAACGACCAAUUACAAUUCCAUCUGGUCUUUAUUCAGUACCUCCAACUAUUACUCCAUUAUCACAAAAUCCAUCUUCAUCAACAACUAUUGUUCAUCAAUUUAUUCCUGCUUUAAGACCAACCUUACCAGUACCAACUGAAUUUCCAGUUAAAAUUCCAACUGACAUUGAAGCAGAAGAAGAUGAUGAAGAAGAUCAAAGUGCACAAACAGCAGAUACUUAUUCAGAUUAUAUGCCACUUAAACUUCGAUUAGGUGAUCGACAUCCUGAUCCAGUUGUUGAAACAUCAUCACUUGCUUCAGUUGAAUUACCAGAUAUAAAUUAUCAAUUAACAAUUCCAGAUGAAAAAAUUCAAUCGAAUGCAUUAUCAGCUUUACAACUUGAAACAAUUGUUUAUGCUUCACAACGUCAUAAUACAUUUUUACCAGAUGGAACAAGAGCUGGAUUUCUUAUUGGUGAUGGAGCUGGUGUUGGCAAAGGUCGAACAAUAGCUGGUCUUAUUUAUGAAAAUUAUUUACUUGGACGACGUAAAUCUUUAUGGUUGAGUGUUUCAAAUGAUCUUAAAUAUGAUGCACAACGUGAUUUAUAUGAUAUUGGUGCUCAAUUUAUUGAAGUUCAUGCAUUGAAUAAAUUAAAAUAUGCUAAAAUAUCUUCAGAACAAAAUGGUGGAAUAAAACGUGGUGUUAUUUUUGCAACAUAUCCAUCAUUAAUAAGUGAAAGUCAAAAUACAUCAACAAAAGUUAAAUAUAACAGUCGAAUGAAACAAUUAAUUCAAUGGUUAGGUGGUGAAGAGUUUGAUGGUGUUAUUGUAUUUGAUGAAUGUCAUAAAGCUAAAAAUCUUGCACCAAGUCCAACAGCUAAAUCUUCUAAAACAGGUUUAGCUGUUCUUGAUCUUCAAGCUCGUUUACCAAAUGCACGUAUUAUUUAUGCAUCAGCAACAGGUGCAUCAGAACCACGCAACAUGGCUUAUAUGACUAGACUUGGUCUAUGGGGUCCAGGUACAUCAUUUACUGAUUUUAAUCAUUUUAUUCAAGCUAUUGAACAACGUGGUGUUGGUGCUAUGGAACUUGUUGCUAUGGAUAUGAAACUUCGUGGAAUGUAUAUUGCACGACAAUUAAGUUUUUCUGGUGUACAUUUUUCUAUACUUGAUGUUCCAUUAACAAAUGAAUAUCUUCACACUUAUGAUCGAUCUGUUCAAUUAUGGACUGAAAUAAAAGAAAAACUUUUACAAGCAUUUGAUUUAGCUGAUACAUCAAAUAUUGUUCGCAAUCAUGUAAUAGCACGUUAUUGGUUAAGUCAUCAACGAUUUUUUAAAUAUUUAUGUAUUGCUUGUAAAGUAUCGAAAAUUGUUGAAUUAUCACGACAUGCUGUUCAAGAUGGCAAAUGUGUUGUUAUUGGUUUACAAUCAACAGGUGAAGCUAAAACACUAGAACAAUUAGAUGAAUUAGGAGAAUUAAAUGAUUUUGUAUCAACUGCUAAAGGUGUGAUUCAAAGUUUUGUUGAAAAACAUUUUCCAACAGCCAUUGAACAGCCUAAAACAAUGCCAUCAUUAUUUAGUUUGAUGCGAAAUAUUGAAGAUGAUAAAAUUCGACAAAGUAAAAAACGUAAAUCAACACAUCGUCGUACAACACGAUCAAUAUCAUGUGAUACAAAUGAAAGUUCAGAUGAUUCUGAUGUUGAAUGUUAUUCAUCAUUUGUUCAAACAAAUAAACGUCGUGCAACAACAAAACAUCGUGAUCAAAAUAAUAAUAAUCAACUUGAUGAAAUACAUAAUAGUGAUAAUGAAAAUAGUUGUGAAAGUAUUUUAAUUGAAGAUACAUAUUCACAACAACAACAUACAUUUGCUGAAAUUCUUGGACAAACUGAUACUGAUGGGGGCUUGCCUAUUAAACGAAUACAAAAAAAAGACAAUUCAUCAACUGUACAGAAUUACGAUAAACGUAAAAUGACCAAUACUGAAAUAAUAGAAGCAUUAUUUAAUAUGAAAGUAGAUUUAUUAAAUAAUAUCGAAAUGCUUGGAAAAAAUUUACCACCAAAUACUCUCGAUGAAUUAAUCGAUCAACUGGGUGGACCAUCUCAAGUUGCUGAGAUGACGGGUCGCAAAGGUCGAGUAGUUCAACAUGCAGAUGGCCAAAUUGGUUAUGAAUCUCGAUCAGAAGCUGAUGUUCCACUUGAAAUAUUAAAUAUUUCUGAACGUGAACGAUUUAUGCGUGGAGAAAAACUUAUAGCUAUUAUAUCCGAAGCAGCAAGUAGUGGAAUAUCUUUACAAGCUGAUCGGCGUUGUCAAAAUACACGUCGACGUGUUCAUGUUACACUUGAAUUACCUUGGUCAGCUGAUCGGGCUGUACAACAAUUUGGACGAACACAUCGAUCAAAUCAAGUUUCAGCACCUGAAUAUGUCUUCGUUAUAUCUGAAUUAGCUGGUGAAAAACGUUUUGCUUCAACUGUUGCAAAACGAUUAGAAUGUUUAGGAGCUUUAACACAUGGUGAUCGACGUGCAACUGAAACACGUGAUUUAAGUCGAUUUAAUAUUGAUAAUAAAUAUGGCAAACAAGCACUUGAAAAUGUAAUACGUUCAAUUUGUAAUUUAGAACGUGCAUGGGCGCUAUUUCCGAAAAUGAUAAAUAAUGAAAUGAAAUUUGAUUUUGUUUCUGAAGCACGUAAAGCUUUAAUUGAUGUUGGUCUUAUUUCACGUGUAAAUAAUGGACAACAAUCUAUUUAUAUACCAGAAAAAGGCAAGAAUUUAAUUUAA